AUGGAGUCUUGCGUCCCUUCAAGUACCAUAUCUACUGUUAGGAAAAGGCUACUCGAAGAGUUGACUCUGGGUCAGGAAUCCACUAACAUGCUUCGAGUUAUGUUGUGUAAAACUCAGAAGGACAAAAUGUGCAUACCACAGCUAUCUGCUCUAAGCCUGAUGGACAAGAUCUUGGAUUCAUUUGACAAGAUUCUUUCAUUAAUUCUAAACGGUAAUGAGUCGAAUGAUCUGGUCUCUACGAAUGAUCAGGUCUCUAAUGUUCCAGUGAUCGAUUGGUCGCAUUCUGAUGGCCAGAAGUUGGAAGAUUCCCGGAAGCGUACCAGCACUUCAGAGUCCUUAAAAUUUUCGAAACGCAGGAGAUCUUCGAAGACAUGGACAAGAGAGACCAUUGCUGCUUCGUUUGAAGAUGGCCAUGCAUGGAGGAAAUAUGGACAAAAAGGUAUCCACAAGGCCAAACAUCCAAGGAGCUACUUCAGGUGCACCUACAAGUAUGAUCAAGGAUGCCAAGCAAGAAAACUGGUCCAAAAAAUUGAAGAUGAGCCACCAUUAUAUAGGACAACAUACCAGGAGCACCACACUUGUAAGAAGAAUUUAUUUGAAGAAUCUCACAUUAUUAGAGAUAACACAGCAAAAGAUUCUUCCAUCAUCUGGAGAUUCGACUCGCAUGAACCGAACUAUAAACCUAAUGACAUGGUGAUUCCAACAUUGCCCAUAAUUCCACAGGAAAGUAAGGAAAAUCUUCAAAUUUUGCAUCAAAACGAAUCAUCAUCACCAUCUGAUUACUUCAUAUUGCCUGAUCUGACGACAUUUGAAAGUUUCGGGCAGUUCACUGAUUUUUCAUCAGCAUUUGAUCAAGGGCAUUUGAUUUCUUCUGAUAUGGAUGUAGAACAGAUGGUAGGAUCCGUUUUUAAUGAUUUUCUUGAGUUAUGGUAG